GCGGUAGACGUCGGGCGGCGCGCGCGCAGCACCAGUGCGCCUCGAGUCGCGGUCGGCGCUGCGAUCUUCGUUAUCUGUGCCGUGUACUACGUUAUCACUAAGCAUCUAUGUUGUGCCUAUCUUAUAAACAGCCGAGCGUUUGAGAUGCCGAGUUUUGACGAAAAAUUAGUGGCCAGGACUGAGGAAUAUGAAGUGGCUAUGUCCUGUCAUCAUUUUUAGCAUCAUAGUUAUAGAGACCAUUCCUGGAUAUCACAUUGAAAACGAGGUGACAACACACCAUGAAAAAGUACUGAUGACUAAUACCAAGCGUAGUAAAGGGUCAAAAUAUUUCGUUGAAGAUGAAAAAGGUAUACGUUUAAAGCAGUCUGCAUAUUCUUUUUGGGGUCGGUGGAGCGCGUGCCAGGGCGGGCAUAGGACCCGCCGUCGACACUGCUUGCUAAGUCAAAUAUGCGGCGACUCGCUUCGCAUAGAAAUCGCAAGUUGUGAUGAAGAAUCACACCCUCUACACCGGCUGGAGGAGCAAAAAGUACUAAAACAUGUUCAACGAAGACAGAUGAGGGCUGAAGAUGUGCAGAAGAGGUUCCGAGGAUUCUCGCAGUGGAGCUCGUGGAGUGCUUGUUCUAGAAGAUGUACUACUAUGAGACGGAGGCAGUGUUUAAAGCCGUCGCUGUGUGGCCGGCAAAUCGUGAGGCAGUCAGCGUACUGCUACAUGGAAGGUAGCUACUGCCACCUCUGGAUACGCGCCCGCUUGCAGAGGAGAAAGGACCCAGGUCAGGUAAUAGAAUCAUUGUCGACGCCAGCGCCGGCAAUUCACCCAGAAGACUCACGCGCAAGCCCGCCUUUGCCCCCGUGCGGGAAAUUGGGCCGAUACCGCGGCUCCCCGUCGGCGCGGCUGCGACAGCGGAUGCGUGAUAUGGUCCGUAUUAUAGGGGGCAGGCCCGCACCACCCGGGAAGUGGCCCUGGCAAGUUGCUGUGCUUAACCGAUAUAAGGAAGCAUUUUGCGGCGGCACCCUAGUCUCACUCCGCUGGGUAGUGACGGCAGCUCACUGCGUGCGCAAGCGACUAUACGUGCGCUUGGGCGAACAUGACCUGCUGCUCCGGAACAGAGGCGAGCUCGAGAUGAGGGUCACGGAGGCCGUCAUACAUCCUCGCUACGACCCUGACACUGUUGUCAACGACGUCGCUAUGCUGAGAUUGCCAGAGCCGGCCCGGCCGGAUUUAGGCCACGGUGUGGCGUGUCUGCCGCCACCCCAUCAACCCCUGCCGCCGCAUACCUCCUGCGUGAUCCUCGGCUGGGGAAAGAAGAGGCCCACCGAUGUCCACGGCACACGAGUACUGCAUGAAGCUCAGGUGUCGACAAUACAGCAAGGAGUAUGUCGGCGUUCGUAUUGGCAGUAUGCUAUAACCGAUAACAUGGUUUGCGCGGGGAGGGGGCGACGAGACUCCUGCGCAGGCGACUCUGGCGGUCCACUGCUGUGCAAAGACCGCUCUAUGAGAUAUUUCUUACAGGGCAUCACGAGUUUCGGCGACGGUUGUGGCAAGCGUGGCAAGUACGGCAUUUACACCCGUACCGCAGGCUACGUAGCGUGGAUGCGAGACGUCAUGAACAAUAAGUAUUUUGAUUGAAACCGCAAAAGGUUUGACGAGACCCCUCGCCUUCAAGGACAGGCUGAGGUUUAUACGACUCAAUUUUCUUAUGAGAACAAAGCGAGGACCCAAAACGAAACUGUAUUUCAGUUGACUAUUUGUGAUCAAUGUUAAAAGUGACUAAAGUUAUGUAGUUCUUACAAUUUUGUAACUAUUAUAUAAGUCAGAUAUUUUGUACAAAAUCUCAAAUUGAGAUUAUUCUUAAAUGGCCUAGCAGCGUUUAUCUACGCAUUAAAAAUACGCAAGACUAUUUUACGACACAAAUGUAAGCUUUUCAACACAUUUUAACAGCCCGCCUCCGGUGGCAAAAAGAUUAGAUCCGUCUGCGAUAGUUUCACGAAGAGGUUUUCAAAAAACCCCGCUGUGUAAUAUUAGCUCGGAACCUUAGCAAUUAUAAUAGAAUGUAUUCGUUGUAUAUAAAGUCUGUAACACAAAGUUCAGUUAAUACCUAAUUAAUAUUUCAGCACGGCUUCGUAAAUUGGUUCAAGCUUUGAAAACUUAACAAAAAGGACAUUUUUACCAUUAAGUAUUCCUUUCUCGUAAUUUUGUAAGGAAAGUUAAUAACAUAAAUUGAUUAUGGCUUCGAUAGCUUCAUCGAGCUGUUGGCACUCGAAACGUAGGGAUUUUAUGAAUACUUUUGUACUGUAGUUUAUCAAGACAGUUAUGCAUAAAUGGUCACUGAUUUCCUCAGAUGUUAUAGUUACCAUGACUAUGAUAUUCUAGUGAUCUAGAUCUUGUGAAAUGACGAAAUACACAGACUUUGUUAACAUAACACAAAAUUACAAUGUUUAUACUAAUCCGACCUUGUAAACAAUUCGCGAACAAUUUUGCAUUUUACGGCACCAUUUAUAUUAUAGUAACUUCUUAAAGAAGUUUGUUGAAGAAGUUAUUUAUUGUUAUCCUUUCGAAAUAAAAUGUAAAUACAAAAUAAAAUGUUAGAUUUUGUUAGAAUUUUACUGAAAUUCAACAUCACAUUGUGUGAGCACUUUCAAUUACUAAGUACUUAAACAUUGUUUUUUGUUUUCUAUAAUAAAUUAUAGACGUAAGUCUAAAUAUAGUGUUAUUGAUAAAUAAAGUCUCUCUAAGUUUUGUA